AACUCUCACGCGCUCAAAAUGAGAGUGAACAUCAUAUACCUUCGCUUCCUAAUCAAAAUCGUCAACGUUUACCAGCCACUGACAGACACUACAAAUACUUGUCCGAACCUCUCCGUUCCGAUCUCUUUGUUAGAUCUUCCCAAGACCCCACUUCAUUCAUUCUAAGCAAAACCCCUUUAUUUUAGGGUUUUACUAAAGAUUCUUUGUCGAUCGAACCGUCUCAAUUAUAUCAUUUUCAGAUCUCAACUAGGGUUUAAGCCUUUAAAUUUUCGUAAAAACAUUUGUGUUUGCGCUCUAAAAAUUUGAAAAACUAGGGGUUAAGUUGCUGAAACACAUAAAACAUUGUUGAAAUCUUGUUUGCUUUCUUGGUGAUGGAAUCUGCGAACCCUGUGAGGUUUACAUUGGGGAGACAGUCGUCUCUGGCGCCGGACCGAGGGCUCGACUCGCUGAGUGUGGAGGACAGAGAAGAUGGGGAGGGGAUUGAUCCGAGGGUGAGGCUGAUGUAUCUGGCGAAUGAGAGAGACUUGGAGGGCAUUAGAGAACUAUUGGAUUCCGGCAUCGAUGUGAAUUUUCGGGAUAUUGAUGCUCGGACGGCGCUCCAUAUUGCCGCCAGUCAGGGGUUUACCGAUGUUGUGGAAUUAUUGAUUCAACGAGGGGCCGAAAUUAACCUGAAAGAUCGAUGGGGAAGCACGCCUCUUGCAGAUGCAAUACAUUACAAAAAUCAUGAUGUGAUCAAACUUUUGGAGAAACAUGGCGCGAAGCCUCUGAUGGCUCCAAUGCAAGUCAAAAAUGCCCGUGAAGUCCCAGAAUAUGAAAUCAAUCCCAAGGAACUUGAUUUUACAAACAGUGUUGACAUAACUAAGGGAACCUUCUGUAUUGCAUCAUGGCGUGGAAUUCAAGUUGCUGUAAAAAAGCUUGAGGAGGAAGUACUUAGUGACGAGGAUAAAGUGAGGGCAUUUAGAGACGAGCUUGCUUUGCUUCAGAAGAUACGGCAUCCAAAUGUUGUCCAAUUUCUGGGUGCUGUAACUCAAAGUAGUCCAAUGAUGAUUGUUACAGAAUAUUUACCCAAGGGUGAUCUUCGUGCAUUCCUAAAAAGAAAAAGAGCCUUAAAACAAACAACUGCUGUGAGAUUCGCGCUGGAUAUUGCAAGGGGAAUGAACUAUUUGCAUGAGAACAAACCUGAGGCAAUUAUACACCGUGACCUUGAGCCUUCAAAUAUAUUGCGGGAUGAUUCUGGGCAUCUGAAAGUUGCGGAUUUUGGAGUCAGCAAGUUGCUAAAAGUUACCAGCAGAGUGAAAGAAGAUAGGCCUGUGACCUGUCAAGACACAUCCUGCAGAUAUGUGGCUCCGGAGGUUUUCAGAAAUGAAGAGUAUGAUACAAAAGUGGAUGUCUUUUCUUUUGCUUUAAUUUUACAAGAGAUGAUUGAAGGCUGCCCACCAUUUGCCGCAAAGCAGGAAACUGAAGUCCCUCAGUCUUAUGCUGCGAAAGAGCGUCCUCCUUUUAAUGCACCAACAAAGCGUUAUGCUCAUGGACUAAGAGAGUUGAUUGAGGACUGCUGGAAUGAGACGCCAGCCAAGAGACCGACAUUUAGGCAAAUAAUCGCUAAGCUGGACACUAUCUAUAACAGUCUUGGUCACAAGAGACGUUGGAAGGUUAGACCCUUGAAAUGCUUUCAGAAUCUGGAGGCCAUGUGGAAGAAAGACCAUUCCAGUCCAAGUAGCCGCAGCGGUUCAUCACGUUCUACAAGAAGCAUAUAAAAUAAAAGGGUGAAGAAGUUUCUCUUUUCCCUCUUUGUAGAAAACUAAGCUUUUUUUUUGUAAUUACGGAGUGUAGUUUCUUUUGUGUUUUUCUUCUUAUAGGCAUUGGUAUUCUUAGUGAUUUGUCAACCCUCCCUAGAUUGGGCUGGGUACAAAAAUUGAUGUGUGUAUUGUCUGAAAAUACUGAGACUGUUUACAUAUGCUAUCACAUUGUUUGAUUUUAUACAUUUUUUUGUUUGGACGAAAA